GGACCGCGGCUUCGCUGAGGGAGGCUCUGAGGGGUGGUGACCCCGUGGGGGUGACGCGAGGGGCGGCCCGGGAGCCGCGUCCGAGGAAGGAAGGGGUGGUUCGGACAGCUAAAGGUGAACGUUCCCGGGGAGCUUCGCCGCUGGGAGGGGAAGGAGAAGCCCCGCGGGGGGGUUCGGUGUGUUGGUGCUGUUUGGGUUUGAGCAGUUCUCUCGAGCAGAACCCUUGGGCUCAGGCGUGUGGAGGAGGUGGGGCCCUUCUGGACUCCGAAAGGUUCCGGCAGCGUUUGUCAGACGUUUCGGUUUAAUCCCCCCACGGCACCACCUCUGCUUCCAACCCAGUUACCUGGGAAGCCGCUGCCUGGGAGCGGCCUUUCCCUCCUCCGCAGGCACAGCCUCACAGAAAUACAAACCCAGCCCAUCGCACGGCACCAAACCGGCGUUACAGGGAAUGACCCCCAGGACCCCGAACCGAACCCGAACCCUCCCGGUACCGCGCCCUCCGCUACCGCUUUUCCCCGCUAGGGGGCACCACCGCGCGGGUCUGCUCCCGCCCCGCCAUUGGCUGUUCCCCUGGGGAGCGGCACAGCUGAUUGGUCGGCUCCACCCUCUGGCCACGCCCCCUGUCAGGAGGCCCGCCCCCUCAGUCCCGUCAUGGCGGAGAAGGCGCAGAAGGGCGUCAAGAUCGCCCCGGGGGCCGUGGUGUGUGUGGAGAGCGAGAUCCGCGGGGAUGUCACCAUCGGGCCCAGGACUGUGAUCCACCCCAAGGCCAGGAUCAUCGCCGAAGCGGGGCCCAUCGUCAUCGGGGAAGGGAACCUGAUCGAGGAGCAGGCACUCAUCAUCAAUGGCUACCCAGAAAACAUCACUCCAGAAACCCAGGAGGUGGAACCCAAACCCAUGGUCAUCGGCACCAACAACGUUUUCGAGGUCGGGUGUUAUUCCCAGGCCAUGAAGGUGGGAGACAACAAUGUCAUCGAAUCCAAAGCUUUUGUUGGCAGGAAUGUCAUCCUGACCAGUGGCUGCAUCAUUGGGGCCUGCUGCAACAUCAACACCUACGAGGUCAUCCCCGAGAACACCGUCAUCUACGGGGCCGACUGCCUGCGCCGCCUCCAGACCGAGCGGCCCCAGCCCCAGACGCUGCAGCUGGAUUUCCUGAUGAAGAUCUUGCCAAAUUAUCAUCACCUCAAGAAGACCACCAAGGCCACCUCCACUCCUGUCAAAAGCUGAGCACUCCUGGGGACUGACCUGCUCACCACCUCCCUCAUUCCAUCUUGGAAAAAAGAACCACCUGGGUUUGUUUAUUUAAUGUCUUUUUGGUUUUUUUUGGGGUUUUUUUAUGUUCUGCCAAGCACCUCAGACCAGCUGUGGGUCUGUUGUCUCUCUCACCCGCUGUGCGUGCUUUGUUUGGAAAUAAAAUGUCACCUCCU